AUGUCACCCAGCAAAUUCUUCCAGCCAUAUAUGGUUCGGCUUCAGUAUACGCCACCAUAUUCAACAACAGCUCCCACGGUCAGAGAAUUUCUAUCGACAGUUUGUAAGCCUUACCUCUCAUUCCGGAAACCAACCGGACGCAGACUAUUCUUCGCAAUGGGCUCUCUCUCCUCCCCGGACAUCCUCUUUCCAACAAGCAAAAGCAAUGCCUGGCAGCAGCCCGGCCCCGCAGCCUACGACUUUCGAAGCGAUACAAUCACCACGCCUACCGCAUCAAUGCUCACCGCGAUCGAGAAUACUACCCUCUUCGACGAUGUCUUCCUCGAAGACCCCACCACCACAUCUCUCGAAUCAUCCAUGGCGGCCCUGACUUCGCAUGAAUCUGCCCUCCUCGUCCUCUCCGGCACCAUGGGCAACCAAGUUUCUCUGCGCUGUCACCUCACGCAACCCCCUCACUCUGUGCUAUGCGACAGAAGGGCGCACAUCUUGAACUCUGAAGCCGGGGGGGUGGCGUCGCUUUCCGGCGCACAGGUCAUGGGGAUAAUGCCCUCCAAUGGCGUUUAUCUGACUUUACAAGAUGUCAAGAGACACGUCAUAAUCAGCGAUGAUAUCCACUCCUGCCCUACCAAAGUAAUCUCUCUCGAGAACACGCUCUCGGGGACUAUAAUGCCACUGUCAGAAGUGCGCAAGAUCUCCGCUUUUGCGCGAGAAAAUAAUAUCAGAUUACAUCUGGACGGCGCACGGCUCUGGGAGGUCACCGCAGCAGGUGCGGGCAGCAUCCCCGAAUUCUGCGAGUGCUUCGACAGCGUCAGCUUGUGCUUCUCAAAAGGGCUAGGUGCACCAAUGGGGAGUGUCAUUGUCGGCUCAAAGGCAUUCACCAAGCAUGCAAGGUGGGUGCGCAAAUCAAUUGGUGGGGGGGUCAGAAUGUCCGGCAUCAUUGCAGCUGCGGCUCGAGCAGCUGUCGACGACGUGUUUGGGCAUGGCCCGAACGGCGAGGGUGGCAAGCUGAGAGAGACACAUGUUAGAGCCAGACGGAUCGCGGAGAUGUGGGAGAAAAGAGGUGGCAGAGUGAGUCGGCCUGUUGAGACAAAUAUGGUGUGGCUUGACCUGGAAGACGCUGGAGUGUCACGUGAUGAGUUUGUGGAGGUCUCGAAGCUGCAUGGGCUGAAGAUGCUGGGUGGGCGCCUCGUCGUGCACUAUCAGAUAUGCGAUGAUGCGGUGUCGCGGUUGGAAGAGGUCGUGGAGGACAUACUAACUAGCAAACAGAAAUCUUCACAAAGCGGCGCUCCAAGAGAUGGCAGGUAUGUGGCUUGUGCUCAAUAA